AUGCCUGCUUUGCGUGAAGACUCUGUCUAUUUGGCCAAGUUGGCUGAACAAGCCGAACGUUAUGACGAAAUGGUCGACAACAUGAAGGCCGUUGCCUCGUCCGGCCAAGAGCUCUCCGUCGAAGAGAGAAACUUGUUGUCUGUUGCCUACAAGAACGUUAUUGGUGCUCGCAGAGCUUCAUGGAGAAUUGUUUCUUCAAUUGAACAGAAAGAGGAGGCCAAGGGUAACGAGUCCCAGGUUUCGCUGAUUAGAGACUACCGUUCUAAGAUCGAAUCAGAGCUCACCAGAAUCUGUGAUGACAUCCUCUCUGUGCUAACCAACCACCUGAUUCCAACCGCUCAAACCGGUGAGUCCAAGGUGUUCUACUACAAGAUGAAGGGUGACUACCACAGGUACCUCGCUGAGUUUGCCGUUAGCGACAAGCGUAAGGAGGCGUCUGACUUGUCAUUGGAAGCAUACAAAUCUGCCACCGACGUUGCCAACACGGAGCUUCCUCCAACCCACCCAAUCCGUCUUGGAUUGGCUUUGAACUUCUCUGUCUUUUACUACGAAAUCCUCAACUCGCCAGACAACGCUUGCCAUUUGGCCAAGCAGGCUUUUGACGAUGCCAUUGCUGAGUUGGACACGUUGUCCGAAGAAUCAUACAAAGACUCCACUUUGAUCAUGCAACUGUUGCGUGACAACUUGACGUUAUGGACUUCAGACAUGUCUGACGCCGGUGCGGAAGAGGCUGAGAAGGCACCAGAAGCUGAGGAGAAAUAG